UUCGUUUAUUCGACAAGUACUCCGUUGUGACUAUGAUAAGUAAGGUUAAGUCAUUGCCAACCUAAGAUGUAAUCUUAGCUUAGAUAUCACAUUUAGUGAUUAGAUCUAUUUCUCUAAACAUUAAUACACAGUAACAACUUACAAUUAAUAAAAUAGUAUGUCAGUGGGUCGUAAAUUUCGCAGGGUAAUUUUGGGAAUGUCAGGAGGGAUAGACAGCUCAGUAGCUGCUUUAAUUCUCAAAAAGCAAGGUUAUGAUGUAAGUGGACUGUUUAUGAAGAAUUGGAACAUAACUGACGAAACUGGAAAUUGUUCAGUAGAUCAAGACUUUCAAGAUGCAGCAAGAGUGUGUUCUACACUAGGUAUAACACUUCUAGAAGCUAAUUUUUCUAAAGAAUACUGGAACUAUGUAUUUACCGAUUUGAUUGACCAAUAUCAAAAUGGACAGACACCUAAUCCUGAUGUUCUUUGUAAUCGACAUAUAAAGUUUAACAGAUUUGUCAAAUAUGCAAUUGAAAGAUAUGGAGCUGAUGCAAUUGCUACUGGACAUUAUGCUCAAUCAUCAUUUGGGUCAUUUUUAGAGUCUUAUGACAAAGUUAAAGGAGUCCACUUAUUAAAAGCUGUGGACAAAUUUAAAGAUCAAACCUUUUUUCUUAACCAAGUUUAUCAAGAUAGUUUACAAAGGACAAUGUUUCCUUUGGGAUCAUUAACUAAAGAUCAAGUUAAAAAAAUUGCAUUUGAGAAUAAUUUUUUUCACUUACUUGAUAAAAGAGAAAGUACAGGAAUUUGUUUCAUUGGGAAAAGAAAGUUUUCUUCAUUUAUUUCCGAAUACCUACCUGAUACUGAAGGUUCAUUCAUAGAUGUCGAUACAGGUUUGCAUGUGGGGCGUCACCGUGGUAUACACCACUGGACAUUAGGCCAGCGUUGUAGAAUUGGUGGAAAUGCAGAUCGUUUCUAUACAGCUAAGAAGGUACCAAAUACUCAAGACAUUUUAGUUGCAAUGGGAAAGAAACAUUUGAUUUUAUGGAGCCAACAUUUAACAACAAGCCAACCUAAUUGGAUUCAUUCGGUUCCUAAGAUUUUAACUAAAGGUGGUGUUCUACAUUGUGAGUUUAGAUUUCAGCAUACUUAUCCAUUAAUCCCUUGUAAAGUAAUGAUGAAGGAGGAUACAUCUCUAAUCAUCAUAUUGGAAAAACCUUUGUUUGCUUUAACAGCUGGACAGUAUGCAGUUCUUUACAAAGAUAAUGAAUGUUUAGGUGGUGCAAAAAUAGAGAACACUGCUCCAAGUCUGUAUACAAUAAGCAAUAAUUGUAAGUAUAACCAAUCAAAACAUUUUUAGCAAAGAAUUAGUGUGUUGUUUUCCACUUAUAAGUAAGUCCUGUUAUGGGUAUAUAAUAUUUCAAGUACACAAUAAUUUAUUUACAUAAUAAUUUUUAUAGAGUUUGAGUUGAGAUUCAUAUGCCAUCCCCGUAUUGUUAUAUCAACACUAUACAAUAUAGCUCUAUAAUAUACUCUACAUUCUGAUAUUAUUAUUCAAUCUCUGAUAUUUUAACUUAUCCAAAUGAAUACCUAUUAAGUAAUUAAUAAUACAAUUAUAAUCAAAACCAAAUAAAAUUUAGGAAAAUGGUACUUUGUUAUUAUCAAGGAUUUAUGACUUGUUGAGAAAAUUGUUUUUCAUUAUGACAAUUGGUCUUGUGUUCUGCCUAACGAAUUAGAGAGAAGGCAGCCACUCUGUCCCUAUCUACUAUUUUAUAUAUUUUUUUAUAUAUAUAUAUAUAUAUAUAUAUCGUUCAACAUGGUCUGAAGUCAGGAAAGUACUGAUUGGAUGUGCCCCUGGCCAUCAGAGCGGGCUUCAGUGGCACACUCUUCUGACAUAAAAGAAAAACAUCCCUUGAUAUAGUACCUAAAUUCAAGCUCAGAUCACGUGAGUGCUUUUAAAGGUUAUCUUUUACUUCCACAAUAAUAAGAAGUAGAUAGGGACAGAGUGACCUACUUCUUGUCGACAUUGGUCCUUUUGAGUGGCAGAAAACAAGAACCGAUCGUCAUAAUGGUAUGUAAUUUUCACAGUAAGUGAAAUAGAAUCUGUUCUUUCUAAUAAUGUAGUUUUUUUAGGUAACAAAAACUGUUAGUAACAAAAAGUGGUGUCCGGAUAAAACCAAAGUAACCAGGAAAAUAGUGACGGUUGGCAUUUUCGUUAACUUUCUUUCAUAGUUCUUUACUAUGGCCUCCUCUUGCCAACAAUACAGUAGUGGUAUGACGCUGAAAUAGUUACAAUACAAUACAAAUGAAAAUUUAAAGGAAAAUGAGCAGUAAUAAAGAUAAAUAGGUGUUUGAACAUGUAGUAUAACAUUAAUACUUGAAUAGACUGCCAAUAAACCAAGAUUGUAUCCAUAAAAUAAAGUGAAUUGUAAUGUAGUUUAUAAAUAAACAAGUGAGGAAUAAAAUUUUUAAUACUAAUCAA